CUGUGGCUCCCGUGCAACCUGCUCACAAUGAGAUCUGCUGUGGGAUUCCUGUGCCUGCUCUCAGCUCUGGUAUCUACAGGUUACUCUCUCUCCUGCAUAGAGUGCUCUGAAUAUAAUUCGACAUCUUGCUCAGGGGAUAGCGAUCUGUGUCCGGCUGAGUUUUGUGCUUCUACGUUCAUCAGGGAAUCCAGCCCAGGUGGGAGUAUUAUGCAGAUAAAGAGAUUCUGUGCCGCUAAGUCGCAGUGCGGUGAGACGGGCAGCGCCACCUACGGGUACGUCAGAAGACACAUGAUUACCAGCUGCUGUGACAGUGACAACUGCGCCCCAGAGGUGCCCGAAUUCCCCGAAGCCACCGAGGAGCCCAAUGGCAACAGCUGCCCAAACUGCUUCCCCCCAACCUCUGAGGAAUGUGACCCGGUAGAACGGGCCCAGUGUGCCGCCAGCGAGGACAAGUGUUUCGUCCAUUUCUUUAAACAAGAUGACUUAGAGUUCAGGAUUGGCGGUUGCGCCAGCGACUCUAUGUGCCAGCCGGACAGGUUCCCUGAGUACAGCUACGAGGAGGUCUCUACCACCUGUGCCCGGGUUUCCCAGUGACCCCUGCAGCCGCAUCGACUUUCAUUCUGGAUGAGCUUUUCUCUAGGGGGCAUGUCAGUGAUUAUUUCCUAUUGAUUUAAGGGGGCACUUUCAAGCUUUAGUAUGUUAUAGAACUGCGUUUUCUAAACAACUUUUCAAUUGGUCUUCAUUGUUUAUUUCCUAUAGUUUUUGUUCUGUGUGCCCUUUUCUUCUAACUCUUCCCAGCUUUCAAAUGGGGGUCACUGACCCCGGCAGCCAAACCCUAUUGCUCUGUGAGG